UCUAUGACCAGGGUUUAUUUCCUCGACACAGACAAUGUUUAUUGUUUCUUUUUCUAUUCCUUUUUAGUCUUUUAAGACAGAGAGGCUUCGUAUCUGAAUUCUGUGUAACCACCUUAAAAUCACAGACUGUAUCGUGGUAGAUCUAAUCAUUGGUUUACUUUGAAGCUGAUUUUAGGUCUGGUCUGUGGAGAUAUUGGUCUAACUUUAUUGGGGGAAAAAUACAUCAAUUUGUACCACACAGAAAGACAUACCACACAUGGCUCCUCAUCUCCCCCUCCUCCUAGUCAUCUUCUCCAGACUCUCAGGUACUCAGGCAGGAGCGUACGGUGUGUCAACUGUGAGUAAGGUGUCUGUGAAGACAGGAAACGACAUCACCAUCCCAUGUCACUAUGAUCAGAGAUACAUACAAUAUGUCAAAUACUGGUGUCAAGGAGAUUACUGGAAUUCUUGUUCUGCUCUUGUACGCACGGACCAACCAAAGAUAUCUGGGACAGUGUCCAUCUCUGAUGAUGUCAACCGAAGAAUCUUCUCUGUUAACAUGACUGAUCUGCAGCCAGAGGACUCUGGGUAUUACUGGUGUGCUGUGGAGACUGCAGGACGAGAUCAAAGUACAUACUUGCACCUGUCAGUCACCACAGGUACACCAGAACUCUAUGUGGACCAACAGGAAGUUACUGGAGUAGAAGGAGGGAGUGUCACUGUCCAUUGUUACUAUAGUAACACUGUGGUUAAGAAGUGGUUGUGGUGUAAGAUGGGUAUCUACUAUGUCCCCUUGGUGGGGAGAUAUUCAGGGAUUUUAGAUGGAACAUCAGUGACAUCACAGCAGAACAUUGAUCACAACAACAGACACAUUUUAACAGUGACUCUGAAUGGAUUGAAUAUGGGAGAUACUGGCUGGUACUGGUGUUCCAGAGGAGACCUACAGAUGCCUGUUCACAUCACUGUCAAUCAACUGACCACAACACAGAGUACCACACCUGCCUCCACCACCACCCCUACCCCCUCUUCCACCAUCAUCAUCUCCACUGUUAAUCAACUGACCACAACACAGAGUACCACACCUGCCUCCACCACCACCCCUACCCCCUCUACCACCAUCAUCAUCUCCACUGUUAAUCAACUGACCACAACACAGACUGACACCAUCAUUAACAAACAGACCACUCAAGACAUCUCUCUGACCUCACCCACAACUGUAGAUCCUGCUGUCUCCUCUUCCACCUCUCAGGCCCCAGUCAACAACACACACCAUGUAGCCCAGGGAUGGGAGAGAACACUCUUCUACCUUCCAAAAACUGUUAAUGCAGUGCUCUUCAUCCUGUGCAACGUCAUUGCUGUGGUGAAGUUCAGAGCAACCCGACUCUGAGGUGAAACAGGAUGAGUAGAAACUAGAUUUAUUUAGCAUUUGCAUAUUUUUUAUUGCGGGAUAUGUCUUUACUUUCUUCACCUUCUCUACAUUUAAUUGAAUAUUUAAUGUACUUGCUAAUAAACAUGUUUUACUGUUAUCAAGAUCAUCUGUCACCAAAUUCUGUGAAAUUCCGUGAAUGAAAAUCUGAAAUUCUGAUGUAUCGAAGUUAUUUGCUCUGUUGGAGACAACAAGUGUUUAACAAGAUGUCAUAGAAUGACUUAGUUUACCAGAAACCUGCAGCCUUGUGGUACAGCAGCUUCCUGAGAUACCUAACAGUUUAGGUUGGAGGACAUCUGUGGUUUUGAGCUGCGUCUAUGACCAGGGUUGAUCUCUAAAUGGAAGGAUGUCAUCACUCCAUCUCUGUAGCUCAUGUGCUCUUAAUUCUAUACAUUUCUUUGUGUAAUCAUUAGUGACCUAUUUUCCAGCAGAGGGUAACAGGAUAACAGUGACUCUUGAUCCCAAAGAGCCCUUGGAGAAAGCUGGAAGCUGAAAUGCAAUAGUUGCUAUCUUCCACUGAGGGGGCAGGUACACAAACAUGUUUAGCUUUCUUCAGGAUAAAACACACGUAUGUUUUACAAUCUUUGUGGGGACCAAAAAAUGUAUGCCAAUUCAAAAUCCUAUUUCCCCUAACCCUAAUUAUGAUUCUAACCUUAACCCUAAUUGUAACCAUAACCCUAAACCUAACCCCUCAGGCUAAAUAUAAUGUUUACUUGUGGGGACCGGCGAAAUGUCCCAACUUCUCCAAAUGGUGCAUCACCCAUCUCACAUGUAUAUACUGUAUUCUAUACUAUGGCACUGUAUCUUAGUCCAAUGUCGCUCUAACAUACAUGUAUAUACAUUCUUAAUCCAUUCCUUACUUACAUUAAUGUGUAUUUUGUGUGUAUGUUGUGAAACUGUUCAAUAUUACUUCUGAGAUAUUACUGCACUGUCGGAGCUAGAAGCACAAGCAUUUCUCUACACCUGCAAUAACAUCUGCUCAACAUGUGUAUGUGACCAAUACAAUGAUUUGAUUUGCUUUUGAAUUUUGACUUGUCUAAAUGGUUCUCGUUUUACCCACAAGGAUAGUUAAAACCAAACCGCACACACACACACACACACACACACACACACACACACACACACACACACACACACACACACACACACACACACACACACACACACACACACACACACACACACACACACACACACACACACACACA